AUGAGAUUCAAACAACAAACAAGGGGCCAGCACGCUUCCAGAGUCGCCGAAGAUGUGCCGAGGGAGCCGCGGAUGCUCACCAGAAAUCCCACUGUCGAGCAUGCCGGCGUGGUGAGGAACAUCGGCGACUGCCCCCUCACCCUCAGGAGGUCGAUCAGCGCGUGGAGCUCUGCCGAGUUCCAGCGAAGCACGUACUGCCAGAAUCACCCGCAUGCGUUUCAAGAAUAUGCCGAUAAGGGGGCCAACACCCCCAGGUACCAGCUUUUGUCAACGCAGUCCAACAACGAAAACAACAUCGCACUAGAAACUGCGCACAACAGGAGGGAGCUGUAUGGCGGCCUGUCAGUCGAUGAGGCCUCUGAGUUGCGCAACAGGCCGACGAUAUCGCUCGCCGACCUCAACGAAGGCGUGGACUUCGAGGCGCUGCUCUACGGACCGCUGCAUGACGACAAGCUCAAGGCGGCACAUCAACACUCCAUAAGUACGGCCGACCACUGCCGAUUCGAGCAGCCGCGGCCCGUGUGGCACCUAGUCAACGCAAUCGCUUCGGAUGAGGUCUACAGGAAUGCUGAGGAUUGGGGAAUUGACCGGUCUAUAUACACCAGGUAUGCCAGGUCGGGGUUCUUCGCAGACUGCCACGUGGCUGACUCGAUGCACCACGGGGAGUACCUCAGCGGACCUGACUGCGAAGAGUUCGCGGAUUGCAGAAUUCCGCUUAUUGUAUGUAUCAUAUCUACGAGCCGCGAGGCAAGACACAAUGAAGUGCAGAGGGGAAUCGUGCCGCUGGCAGUCCACAUACUUGAUAGGUACAUCGAGAAACACAAGCAUUCGAUGUCGAGGUUGCUCUCAAUCGCCUGUGCGCACCUAGAUCUAGCGUCGAGCGAAAACGGCUCCAAGCAACCCUCCCUGGCCUCCAGCAUGAACGCCUCCGACGCCGCUGCCCUGGAUGCCGCAGCCGUUGCCAAACACCUCAAAUCUAAGUACAAACACGACAAUCUCAUCAAGCUGUGCUUCAAUUUCUCUCCUGAAAGGAGGCGCGGGGACGGCGCGCCGCCGGAUGGCCAUACCAACACUUUCCACGACUUCAGCUGCCGCAACUUCGACACUGACUCCUGUUAUGAAGAGGGCAGCGAGUUCGACGAAACGACGCAAAAGUACAGUUCAGCGUCGGUAAUGAAGGCGGAUGUCGUAUACAACUUCGUGGCCGCGGCGUGCUUCUUUAUCGCCGACAGAUACAACGGGCUCUCAAAUACGUCCGUCAAGGCCCUGCUGGUCAAGUGGGAGUCCAUCUGCCACGUGUUCACAAAAACGAGGCACGCCGGAAGAUAUAUUCGCGAAAACAGAGCGACCGCACUCUCCAUCAUCAUGUCGUUUAUGUUCGAUAUUUACUUCGUCCUGGAGUACAAGCUCACCACGCCGUUCCCGUGCCACAUGGUACAGGAUCUCAUACUUUCGACAACGGACUUCCACUGCUCCCCCAACCCUGGCGAGUACAGCGUAUACCAAAAAAUUGCAGCAAUCAUGGCGCGCAUUGCCUAUGUUGACGACACCUUCCACAAGUUCCAACCCAGCAUCAUCACCCUGGCCAUUUACGGCGUCGUCAGGCGCCUGGCGGUCCACAACGAAGUGGUGGAGGACGAAAAUGCCUGGCUGCUCGUGGACGAGACUGAUUCGGAGAUACGCAGAUGCUCGAGCCUUCUCAUUAACACGCUGAUCCAGUACGUCAACACCGACAUCCUGGACGUGCUCACGCAACCGGUGUAUAUGAAGCACCACACCGACGAAUUGUUCAGUCAUUUGUUCGAGGAUCUGUGUGAUCUGGAUGCGGGGCAUCUCAGAAAAUUUGCGAACACUCUCAUGUCACUGACCUGA